UUUAUUUCUGUCUCCUCUCCUGAAUUUCCCCUUUUCUCUCUGUUGUCUUGUGCUGUGGGUAGCGCCAUGUUUGAAUUUUGAGUCUAGUGGGAUACAAUCAGUCUGUCUCUUAUCCUAUUGGUAUUCUAGGAUUUUGAGCAGCGGCAGAGCAAUCUCUCCCUCUCUACUUCUCGUUAAAAUGGAGAAUGGUUUUGAGUCCAUGGAAUCAAAAAAAGAUGGAGAGAUUAAUUGUUUGAAACCUAUGGAUGCUGAAUAACUCAGAGAGAAUGCUCACAAAAUGGUGGAUUUCAUUGCUGAUUAUUGUAAAAACCUUGAGACGUUUCCUUUUUUAAGUCAAGUUGAGCCUGGUUACCUAGGCAAGCUUUUACCAGAUUCUGCCCCGAAUCAUCCCGAGUCACUGGAAAAUGUACUCGCUGAUGUUCAAUCAAAGAUUAUACCUGGUGUAACACAUUGGCAAAGCCCCGGUUAUUUUGCAUAUUUUCCUUCUGAUUCUAGCACUGCUGGGUUCUUAGGAGAAAUGCUUAGUGCUGGUUUUAACAUUAUUGGGUUCAGCUGGGUUACUUCUCCUGCUGCAACAGAACUCGAAGUCAUUGUACUGGAUUGGCUUGCGAAAAUGCUGCAAUUACCUGAACAUUUACUUUCUUCAGGGAAAGGUGAUGGGGUGAUUCAGGGUACAGCAAGUGAAGCAAUUCUAGUAGCAUUACUUGCUGCACGUGACAAGGUGUUGAAGAAGGUUGGAAAAACCUCUCUUCCUCAACUUGUUGCAUAUGCAUCCGAUCAAGCACAUGCAUCCAUGCAAAAGGCGUGCCAGAUUGCUGGGGUUCAUCCAGAGAAUUGUAGACUGGUGAAAACAAAUUCUUCUACUAAUUAUGCACUAUCCCCUGACGUACUUCGUGAAGAAAUCUCCAAAGACAUUGCAGCUGGUCUAAUACCCUUUUUCCUAUCUAGCACAGUUGGUACAACUUCCUCAACAGCAGUGGAUCCCUUGUCUUCUUUGGGGAAAAUAGCCAAGGAUAAUGAGCUGUGGUUCCACGUUGAUGCUGCAUAUGCUGGAAGCGCUUGUAUAUGUCCAGAAUACCGCCAAUAUUUGGAUGGUGUGGAGGAAGCGGACUCAUUUAACAUGAAUACACACAAAUGGUUUCUUACAAAUUUUGAUUGUUCACCUCUUUGGGUCAAGGACCGCAGUGCUUUGAUUCCACCCCUUUCUACAAAACCAGAGUAUUUGAAGAAUAAGGCUUCAGAAGAAAACAUGGUAUUGGAUUUUAAAGACUGGCAAAUUCCUCUUGGACGGCGAUUUCGGUCACCGAAACUAUGGAUGGUGUUGCGAUUAUAUGGUUUGGAGAACCUACAAUGUUACAUAAGAAAUCAUAUUAAACUGGCCAAACAUUUUGAAGAUCUUGUUGCUGCUGAUUCGAGAUUUGAGGAUUGUGGCAAGAAACUGAACCAGGACUUAUUAAAUUCUGUAAACUCAACGGGAAAAAUCUUCAUAUCACAUACCGUUUUAUCUGGAAAGUACAUUCUUCGAUUCGUGGUUGGAGCCCCGUUGACGGAAGAAAACCAUAUAAUUUCGGCAUGGAAGAUAUUUCAAGAUCAGACUACCUUGUUAAAAUCCAAUUAAUGUUAGCCGGUUUCAUCAUGGAAUAACGGAAUAGUAAUAAUAGAUUGAGUUUACUGGAUUUUUAACCAAUUUUGUAUUAAUAACGUUUUGAGUAUUCAUGUUUGCUAAACGCUACAAGUGAAAAAAUCAUAACGACACCACAAAUUAGGGAUA